AGAAAGAAAGAAAGAAAGAAAGAAAGAAAGAAAGAAAGAAAGAAAGAAAGAAAGAAAGAAAGAAAGAAAGAAAGAAAGGCCAUAUGUACAGUUUGGCGAACCACCUGGAGUCCUUCUCUGUAACGCCACAUUUUAGGAAAUGCAGAGAGUUGGGAUAAAGCCCCCUCUCUCCCCCUCCUGCGCUGCUUAAGUUUGCCUGUCUGAGUGGGCUGCGGACAGAGCCCCUAUUGUUCUCAACCCACUCCUGCCUAAUAUGGAAUCUCAAGGAAACCAAUGAUUUCCUGACACUGACGAUGCGUAGCCGCGCAGGAGCGAAUGUAAAAAGCUGUUUGGAGUAUCGAGGGAUUAAACCGUGGCCAGAUACGCGGUUUCGUCGUUGGACUAGAGAAAUGUAAAAACAACGGGAUGCAAGUUGUAGGAGUUAUCGCAAGUUCGCAUACAACUGCUGUCGAUGGCGUCGGAUUGUUUGGGGUGCGAGAGCUAACGCGUGGGUCACCUACUUGACGGAUUUGAUCGGGCACUGAUCGGCUCACGAGACGCGUCAAGUCGAGUGUUUCACGUACGGUUACGUUUACAGUAGCGGGAUAUGUUCUGAUUUUGUGAGUGGUUUAGUACCUGUGGUGAAUUUAGUUUAAAGACUUCAGGACAACUAUCAUGCCUACUCUCGGCUCGAAAAGUGGGCAGAAUGCUGUGGAAAUGGUUGAGGAUGGAAGCGAUCGGGAUGAUCCUCUCGAUAUUGCGGCCAAAAAGAUGUUGAAAUGUGUCGUGGUCGGCGACGGAGCGGUCGGGAAAACCUGUUUGCUGAUGAGUUAUGCAAACGAUGCUUUUCCGGAGGAAUAUGUGCCGACUGUAUUCGAUCAUUAUGCGGUAAAUGUAAUGGUAUCUGGGAGACAGCACUUGCUGGGAUUGUACGAUACUGCUGGACAGGAGGAUUACAACCAGCUGCGGCCGCUCUCCUACCCCAACACUGACGUCUUUCUCAUCUGCUUCUCCGUCGUGAAUCCGGCUUCCUAUCACAAUGUGCAGGAGGAAUGGGUACCCGAGCUCAAAUCCUGCAUGCCUCAUGUGCCCUACAUCCUCAUCGGAACACAGAUUGACUUGCGUGAUGACCCAAAGACACUGGCCCGCCUGCUUCAGAUGAAGGAGAAGCCUCUGAGCUAUGAGCAGGGCCUCAAACUGGCCAGAGAGAUUGGAGCUCAGUGCUAUCUCGAGUGUUCAGCGCUGACUCAGAAAGGACUAAAGACAGUGUUUGAUGAGGCCAUCUUGACUAUCUUCAGCCCCAAGAAAAAGAAAAGAUGUUGCGCACACUGCAGGAGCUGCUGCGCUAUCGUGUGAGGAUAGACAUCUCCAACUGUGAACACCCACGCCUCCUUCCAAGCUUCAUCUACACCACAGACCCCAGCCUCCGAACCGCCUCCAGUCUGGUGCACAUCCUUCCUUUCUCCAUCAGCUCGUCCCUCAAGACAAUGAGCGGUCGUACCCUCAGUACGUGCGCCUAAUAGAGAGCUACUCUGACAAUUGUUGAAGUGCCUUAAUCCACGUACCAUACGCACACUCUUCUCCAAUUGCCUUGCAGGGACCUGUUCACAUACCAAAGAAUUUUACUAGUAAUUGACGUGCGGCGACGUCUUCAAUCUCAAAUUUAAAAAAAGCCAGAUUCUUCUCCGGGCCAUUGGGUUUUUUUAACAGAGUACAUUAUACGGUUUCUCGAGGCUUAUGGAAAAAUGAAAAUCCAUUCCUCCGUAAAGGCGGGUGCUCUCAGUCACCUCAGAUCAAUACUGUGCUGUUUCUACAGUUGAUGCUUCAGCAGUUUGAGCUAGUUAAUAAGGGAAAUUCUCUGGAGGCUUGCCGGCUCAUCAAUAGAAAGAGAGAGAGAUGUUACAGAGACCAGACAGAGAGAGAGAGAGAGAGAGAGAGAGAGAGAGAGAGAGAGAGAGAGAGAGAAGUGUGUCUUUAACACAAUUCAUUAGUCUUCCAGGUCAAAAUUAGCAUCAGCACGUAAUAAUUCAAUUAGACGACUACAUAACUACACAUUCAAAAAUAACACUCUACACUAAGAGUGUAAACAUAUGUGUACUGUGCCAUAUGAAUCUUUAUAUUUCCUUGGCAUUUUUUUAAUAAUGAAAACUUGACAAGUUUUCUGUCACAUCUUCUGGGUCAAAAUUAGCAUCAGCACGUAAUAAUUCAGAUAGAUGACUACAUAACUAGACAUUCAAAAACAACACUCUACACUAAGAGUGUAAAAGUAUGUGCCAUAUGAAUCUUUAUAUUUCCUUGGCAUUUUUUUUAUAAUGAAAACUUGAGAAGUUUUCUCAACUCAACUCAACUUUAUUUAUAUAGCGCUUUUACAAUUUUCAUUGUUACAAAGCAGCUGUACAUGAGACACAUUGACUACAAGCAAAACAAUCAAAGUUGUACCUGCAAAAACAAGAAAAGGUUGAAAACACAGAAGACAGACACACCCACACACAAAACACUCCACACACACAACACGCACCAACACACACACCCACACACAAAACACUCCACACACACAACACGCACCAACACACACAGACACAGAGACACACACACACACGGAUGCGCACGCACACACACACACACACAACACACACACACACGUACGUACACACACAAGUACGCACACACACACACGCUCAGUGAGAGCACACAAUUAGGAUAAAGGAGAGAGAAGCACAGGUCAAAUAUAACAGAUAAUAAAUUCCUAUAUGCAAUAUUAAUUAAGUAAAACUUUAAGAUUCUAAAGCAGCCCCCCCGGUCAGGCAGAUAGUGCAAAAACAGUAUGCAAACGGUGGCGAGGAACCCAAAACUCUAAUCGAGAAAAAAAACCUCAGGAACCUUUCUGUCACAUGUUUUUUACUGAAACAAGUUUUAGUGGGACAUGAAGGGCGGAUCCAAUAAAUAUAAACUAUGAUUUCGACGCUGUCCUUCCGAAACCUUCGAAAAAUUCGUUUUUUCAGUUAAUGGAAAAAACACCCUACUUUUUAAACGAUUAAAUACGGUGUUGUCAAACUUGACAAGCAGUUUUUUAAAACAUUUUAUUAGUUAGAUAUUUGCAAAACGCAGUGAUAAACAUAAAGGUUGACUAAUAAUAAUGAUUUAAAGCUCAAAAGAAAUCACAAAAUAUGGAGAUACAAGGUUUCAGAAGGACAUCAGCGAUUUGUUGCUUGUCAGUUGGUUUCAGGAAAAGAGAUGUCUACGUAUGCAUUUGAUUGGACACAAUUCUCUGUCUUACGUAUGUCUGUCAUCAAUAUUUUAGCAUAUUUUCCCAAGAGAGAAAGAAGCUAAUGCUAAAAGCAUUAGCAAAGCAUUAGCGUACAGAUGUCAAAUCUAACACAACAUCCAUUGUAUGUGGUUUUUCCGUGGUUUUAAGUGUCCUUAGUCACGUAUUUGCAAGCCAUUAGACCAGUUUCUCUGUUGAACGUAGGUGUUAAAAUAAUCGUGCCAUACAACAGCGCUGUUAAUAUUUAUCACAAGCAUUGAAAUUUUUAUUUGAGGGGCUGCAUUUCAUGCUAAUGUCUUCUGAAAUGCAUCUGCCUACACACAUUUCUAAAAAAUGCUGUAAUUUUCAACGUUUAAGAAUAAGUCAGCCCCGCUGACCAAAAACAACCAUAUUGUUCACCGUUUCAGCUGAAGCAGUCAUGGGUUUACAAGCACCAGCCCUAUACAGUGUGUAUCUGUUCUGUUUUGCCUCUGGCCAAAGCGCCACCCCCGUGUUUUCCCCUUUAAAGAGCAGCUCAGACACAAAUGGCUUUGUUCUACAGGCUUGUAGGCCUGUUGUGGUCUCGAGUGUAGACUCCAACAAUGAUCCUCCACUCUUGUAAGUCGUUUUUGUAAGUGACUUUUCAUGUAUUUGGCUUAAAUGUGUGGCCUUUGUUUUCAAAAUGUUCACUGGUGCCCUACUGUAUUUUGGUAUACAGUGUGUUGAACGGUAUGGGCGUUAUUAUAUACAGCCCUUACUGUUUUGUUUUGGACUUUGUGACUGAACCAUCUAUAAAAGAACUCACUGUAUUUUCUCAGGUUGUUUUGAGCAGCCACAUGUGAAAAUCUAAGGACCUUUAAGGUGAUAACCAUAAGCCAAAGAACUUUGAACGAAUUUUGCAGGUCUCCACAUUAUCACUUUUACCAAUGUCCAAUGAGAGCGUCUGCCAUGGACACCAGACCUGGAACCGAUUUCUAAUGAUUGCUCUUCAGGUUAGUUCUUUAGUUAGACCUCAGGGACUUCAUUUCAGAGCCCACAAGAUGCUAGUGACCUUCCUCGGGAUGAAGAAUUAAACCUGCUCUAUACAGAGAGGAACGAUGAGCCUUCGUUCACUUGCCUUUGAUGUAGCAUAGAGUUUGUUUCCUCACUCGGUUUUUUAAAGUGCACUUAUGACACUGUGCCUUGCAUUGUCCUAUGCAAUUGUUUAUUUACUGUCACCCCAAAUAGAUGAUCAGUGUUUGGAUACUGGUCGCCAGAACUUGAAGUGUAUUUAAUAUUUUUGAGUAUGUUUUUCUUUAGAUUUCAUGUAUCGGUUUAUAUGCUAUAUAUAUAAAAAUGUGACAGCCUUCUUUGCCAAAACUAAAAAUGUAAAUAUAUAUGUAUGGAGUGAGUAAAGCUUGUGAUCAAAUUUAAAUUUGGUUUCUUCGAGUAUUAACUUUGGUAUAUUAAUAAUAAGCAAGGUGUAAAAACAUACCAGAUGCACUUGAUGAAUGUGUUUUAUAUAGGAUGCAUUUCCGUUCUUAUGGGGGAUAAGAACGGAAAUGCAUCCUAUAUAAAACACAUUAAAAAAAAAGUCUGACUCAAAUUGGUAGUGCAAAGUAAACCUGUUAUGUUGCUUAUUGUAAACUGUACCAUCUGAAAGGUUGUGUCUAUAGAUGGGGCACAUGCAAGAUCUGAGUGUACAUAGCCUGUGUAAAAUCCAAUGCAAGAUCAAUACACUAAGAUCAUUUUAAAGUCAGUCAUUUUUGUAAAAGACAAACCUGAAAGUUUUUCAACAGCGCAAACUGCCAACUUUACAUCCAAUAACACAUGUUAAACAGUUAAAGGACACAGUACAGAAAUAUUGUAUCUUCCAAUAAUGUUUAAUAUGCCUAAUAAUAGCAUUUAUAUUAUCACUCACUGCAUGUUCUCAUUUACUCAUGAUGUUAUUUGUUGUGAUGAAAUCUAAUAAAAUAACCAUCCUUAGGCAUAGAGGUGGAAUCUUUUUACAUAUCAUUACUUCACAAAGAUUGAUGGCUUUUCAGAUUAACUGUUAUCUAUACAGUACAUCACAUUGAUGUGAAAAGCUGCCUCAGACGGAUUCAAAUGAGCCUUCUGCCAUCUACUGGUACAUUAAUGCUUUUUUUGCCAAAGAAGAGUCAUCUUUAUCUGUAUGGUUCCAUAAAAAAUAUACAGAUCCUAUGUUUAACAAAAGGAUUCUUUGCAAAAAGGUUCUUUAGAACCAGGGGUUUCAAACUGGGGUCUGGUGACCUCAUGAGGGUUUUAAGGGGUGCCCAGAAGAUUUCGGAGAAAUAAGACAAAUCAAACAUUUAAAUAUCUACUGAACAUUAUUACUGUUUCAUGUGUGCUCAUCUCUUUCUACUUGCCACAUGAAUACUUUCCAGAAUGAUGUAUAUUUUUCUUUAUAGUGAAUUUUUCUCACUACAAUUAAU